AUGGCACCACACUGCUUGUCUCAGUACAGUUCUCCCGAGUUGUGCACAAAUUACCACACAGGUCUGAGUACCCGCGGUAAGACCUGGCGCUUCGACAGCUCUCCGCGGAUGGUCUCGAACGACUUGGCUCUGUCCAUAGCUGUUCCCGUUGCCGUUGGAGUCGUUCUGAUUGUGGCUAUUCUCCUGGUGCCCAAAGGCUUCUUCUCAUACGUAGCCUCUAAGAUCUACACCGCGUCCUGCAACAGCAACACCAGCAAUAGCACGCGGCGCUGGUUUGGUCGACAUGCGCAAAACGAAACGUCUUCCAUGAAUGAGAAGUCGCAGCCGACGUUCGUCGAGCAGCACCUAGGGAUGCUGCGCGCCUGGCAGAAGCCAACAAAGUAUGCACGACAUCUACAGCCGGUCCAACCCACGAAACCAGGUGAUUCUCAUCAGCCUUUCCGACUCACCGGUAUGAGCUUUCGGUAUUGGCAGGAGUUUCAACGCAAUGCCAGUGUGCGGUGCAAUCCCAUGCACGAGUUUAAAGUGACUGGAGAAGGCGUAAAAAGCCCAGCAUAUUGGACCCAGGUAGGAAAAGAGAUAGAAGCGCGCAAGUCAUGGUGGGAGAUCAUAAAAGCGUAG